UCUCGCAGAUUCUGAAGACCCCCAGCAAGGAUGCGUGAAAUCGUGCACAUCCAGAUCGGCCAGUGCGGGAACCAGAUCGGAGCCAAGUUCUGGGAGGUGAUUGGCGAGGAACAUGGCAUUGACCCGGUGGGGAGUUACCACGGCGACUCGGCCCUGCAGCUGGAGAGGAUCAGCGUGUACUACAAUGAGGCCCAUGAUAAGAAGUACGUGCCCCGGGCGGUCCUGGUGGACCUGGAGCCAGGGACGAUGGACAGCAUCCGCUCCAGCAGGCUCGGGGCCCUCUUUCAGCCCGACAGCUUUGUCCAUGGGAACUCCGGGGCUGGCAACAACUGGGCCAAGGGCCACUACACGGAGGGUGCGGAGCUGAUGGAGAGCGUGAUGGACGUGGUGCGCGCCGAGAGCGAGGGCUGCGACUGCCUGCAGGGCUUCCAGGUGGUGCACUCGCUGGGCGGCGGCACGGGCUCGGGCAUGGGCACGCUGCUCAUGAACAAGAUCCGCGAGGAGUACCCCGACCGCGUGCUCAACUCCUUCAGCGUCAUGCCCUCGCCCAAGGUCUCGGACACGGUGGUGGAGCCCUACAACGCCGUGCUGGCCGCGCACCAGCUCAUCGAGAACGCGGACGCCUGCUUCUGCAUCGACAACGAGGCGCUCUACGACAUCUGCUUCCGCACCCUCAAGCUGGCCACGCCCACCUACGGGGACCUCAACCACCUGGUGUCGCUGACCAUGAGCGGCAUCACCACGUCGCUGCGCUUCCCGGGCCAGCUCAACGCCGACCUGCGCAAGCUGGCCGUGAACAUGGUGCCCUUCCCGCGCCUGCACUUCUUCAUGCCGGGCUUCGCGCCGCUGACCAGCAGGGGCAGCCAGCAGUACCGCGCCCUGACCGUGGCCGAGCUCACCCAGCAGAUGUUCGAUGCUCGCAACGUCAUGGCCGCCUGCGACCCCCGCCGCGGCCGCUACCUCACGGUGGCCUGCAUCUUCCGGGGCAAGAUGUCCACCAGGGAGGUGGACGAGCAGCUGCUGGCCGUGCAGACCCGGCACAGCGGCUGCUUCGUGGACUGGAUCCCCAACAACGUCAAGGUGGCCGUGUGCGACAUCCCGCCCCGGGGGCUCAGCAUGGCCGCCACCUUCAUCGGCAACAGCACGGCCAUCCAGGAGCUGUUCACCCGGGUGUCCGAGCACUUCUCGGCCAUGUUCCGGAGGAGGGCCUUCGUGCACUGGUACACGGGCGAGGGCAUGGACAUCAGCGAGUUCGGGGAGGCCGAGAGGAACGUCCACGACCUGGUGUCCGAGUACCAGCAGUUUCAGGACGCCAAGGGGGGCGAGAAGGAAGAAGAAGAGGCCUCCGGAGGGGAGGAGGAGGAGCCGCAGGGCGGGGGACGUUAA